UUGACUAAAACUAAUACUUCAAGGACUGAAACUAACAUUAUAUCAAAGUGCCAAACUUAGCAUGCCUAAAAACUUCAAAUCUCCAUUACGGUGAUAACAGGUGAUAACAAUUCGGAUUAUAGCUGAAAGUAUAGUGGAGAGCCCAUGUCUAGCUGUUCUCCUCUGCUACACACAAACCUUCAAAUUCAUGCUCACAGCAGUCUCAUUGCACUGUAGCCGUGUGGCUUGGCAGCAGCAGCAGACAAACAGAGGGGGGCGAAGGACAGCACGAGUUAGCACAGAGAGAGAUAGGCGCUCUCAUCAGUGACGGGCUCACCGGCUGCAUGGACAGAGCUGUGGCGCAGGAGGACACGAAGAGGUGCAACGGGAGGACAAGCUGCCUGAAAACCGGAGCAAAACGGGAGAGACCACGAGAAAGGGAGGGGAAUGAAGAGGGGGAUGAAGAGAGCUCACUGAGGGGAGAGAAGUCAUUCGGAGCAGGGAGAGGGAGCAAGCUGGAUGAAGCUGACAAGGACACAGGGGGAAGAAAGCGCACAGAGAAGCCUUCCCUGACGGGGGAGAGAAGUGAGGGAGUGUGUGUACAAAGUGGAAAAGAAGAAGAGGAGGAGGAGAGGGAGCCUGACAAGAGGUCGAGCUUACGGGGCUGACUGACACGAGCGAAGAGGAGGAGGAGUGUGAGAGCAAGUUGAUGGAUUUGAUUUGGGGAGAGUAUUUUUAGAAGGAGGAGCGGAGACAUGAGAGGAAUAUUGAGAUUAGACAGACUGUCUUUGAGUGGAGGAGAAAAAUCUAGGAAGAAGAAGUAGAGAGAAUAACUGGAGACAGAGAAAAGGGGGAGAGAUGUUGAGAUCAGAGUGUGACAGAACAGAUUAUUUCUGGUCUGGUUUCCCGCAGGAAACCGCUGUGAGUGUAUGUCCGUGUAUGCGCAUGAGUGCUUCCUUCUCCAUAUGAGAGUGUGUUGUAUCAUGUUUCUCACUGUGGCUGUGAUGCUGAGAAACAGGUCCGCUACAAGAUGAAGCUACCCCGUGGUUACCCGCAGGACUUAAUAACACUGGUUAAAGCCAAGUGGGGGGAAGAGACAAGGAACAGACCAGUGACAUCACGAGGAGCAGUCAAGACAUUAAGAGUGAGACCGCAAAGUGGGAUAGAAAACAAAUGAGCAUGGGAGACUUUUGUGAAUUCAAUUAAAGCUUGUACCUAAUAGUGACAAGGAACUGAUUGCCGCCUCUGGCUGCCGAACGCCUCUGCAAGCCAGUGAAGCCAAAAAACACACUCACGUAACUCAGAAGAAGAGAAACCACAGCGCUGGAACAAGGCAAGCUCUUCUCUAACAGACUGCACCACACCAACCAAUUCCCUUCGCUGUCGUCUCAUUAUUUUAAUUACCUUCCCUUCUUUCAUUUGUUUUUUUUGUCCUCUCUGCUUAGCCCUUGGUGUUUUGUAUUCUAUCCUCCUCUCUCCCUCUCUCUUCCCCUCCCUCUUCCUCUUGCCUUCGCUCUCUCUGUCUCAUCCUCUCUUGUUCACUGUCACACUAACUGCGGUGGAUGCUGGAAUCACUCAUGUAGAAGCCACCUUGCUUGGAGCACAUUUGCCUAGCUGAUUUUUUUUUUUCUUCCCCUGCUGAGUUGGAUGAUUGGAGCACUCUCAGAUGAAGAGACCAGGAGAGAUGACCAACAAGUAGCUGCUGCUGAGUUCAUCAGAGCUCCUGCACCAACAGGAGAAGACGAUUGCAAAAGACAGAUUUCCUUGAGGGUACUUCUAGGUGUGCAUGCGUUACAUUUCCAAUUAAGACUGCAUGGAUCAUUAGUAUUUGUGAGGCCAAACACAUAUCCAGGUGUGGAUUACAGUAGUGGAUUUAUCCUGGAGCUACAUGUGGGCCCCAGCCCCUGAGGCCUGGCUGGGAAAUGAAGCCUUUCCCGCGGCUGUAGGAGCGCUGUGGGCAGCUAUGGCCCUUGAGGGGCGCUGUCUCCGGCGGGGAUCCCCGGCCAUGAUCAGAAAGGGUCGUCAGCGACGUCCUACAAAGCCAGCUCUGGCUCGGGUCACUUCCACUCUGCUGUCAAGGACACGCCUGCAUGGCCUAAGGCAUGUUUGCAUCCCUGGUGGAUCUGUGGGCCGCAGGGCUUUCUGGCUACUGGCCCUCUGCACCUCCCUUGGGCUGCUUUUAUCCUGGUCCUCCAACCGCCUACUCCACUGGCUUUCCUUCCCCACAUACACACGGGUCCACACAGAGUGGGCCAAAGAACUGGCCUUCCCCGCAGUCACUAUCUGCAACAACAACCCUAUCCGCCUCUACAAGCUCACCAAGAGCGACCUGUAUUUUGCUGGCCACUGGCUGGGCCUGCUGCUUGCUAACCGGACAGUGAGGCCCAUGGUUCUGGACUUGCUUCAAGAGGACCGUCAAGCCUGGUUCAGGAAGCUAUCGGACUUCAGGCUCUUUCUGCCCCCCAGAAACUUUGAGGGAACCAACCUGGAGUUUAUGGACAGACUGAGCCACCAACUAGAUGACAUGCUCCUCUCAUGUAAAUACAGAGGAGAGCCAUGUGGUGCUCACAACUUCUCUUCUGUGUUCACCAGGUAUGGGAAGUGCUACAUGUUCAACGCCGCAGAGGAGGGGAAGACGCUCCGCACCACCAUGAAGGGAGGGACGGGAAACGGCCUGGAGAUCAUGCUGGACAUCCAGCAGGACGAGUACCUGCCGGUGUGGGGGGACACAGAGGAUACAGCCUUUGAGGCAGGUGUGCGGGUGCAGAUCCACAGCCAGGCGGAGCCCCCGUUCGUUCACGAGCUGGGCUUCGGCGUGGCCCCUGGCUUCCAGACUUUUGUAGCCACACAGGAGCAGAGGCUGACCUACCUGCCUCCCCCGUGGGGAGAGUGUGAGUCGAAGGCUCUGGAGUCGGGCUUUUUCCAGGUCUACAGCGUAACUGCCUGCAGGAUUGACUGUGAAACUCGAUACAUCGUCGAGAACUGCAACUGCAGGAUGGUACACAUGCCUGGUGAUGCUUCUUACUGCACACCUGAGCAGUACAAAGACUGCGCUGAGCCUGCCCUUGCUAAACUGUCGGCCGUGGAGAGCAGUAACUGCAUGUGCAGGACACCGUGCAAUAUGACCCGCUACAACAAAGAGCUGUCCAUGGUCAAAAUCCCCAGCAAGACCUCGGCCCGCUACCUGCAGAAGAAGUUCAACAAGUCAGAGAAGUACAUCACAGACAACAUCUUGGUGUUGGACGUGUUCUUUGAGGCUUUGAACUACGAGACCAUCGAGCAAAAGAAAGCUUACGAGGUGGCAGGCUUGCUGGGUGAUAUUGGUGGUCAGAUGGGCCUGUUCAUCGGAGCCAGCAUCCUCACCAUCCUAGAGCUGUUUGACUAUGCUUAUGAGGUGGUGAAAGACAGACUACUGGAUUUACUGAGCAGAGAGGACGAGGAGGAGAGUCACGGAGAGGAUGUGAGUUCCUGUGACCCGGUGGCAAACCACUCGGAGUCCAUCAGCCACACUGUGACAGUCCCCCUGCAGACAACGCUGGGCACCCUGGAGGAGAUUGCCUGCUGAGGCCCUCCCCCCUUCACUCAGAGCCACACAAGUCCAGAGGCUGCCUCCACUGGGUGGCACUACAUCCUCUGUUAGGGCAUUCUGGACCUUAACAGUGGAGGGGAGGAGACGAAGACAAGAACAUGGGUUGGUCUAAGGACAGAGCUGCGCACUGUCACACUGCCCUGUCUGAGGCACUAAUGGGGAUUAAGGCGCUGUCGGCUGGACUUAUCGGCCCUCUCUGUCACCCUGCACUGUACUGUAGUGGGAGGGCGGACUCCGCUGUGCCAGACCUGCAGUGGGGUCUGUGUCUCCACAUACACGCACACAGAAAAUCAGAGACUGGGUGGGGCAACUAUCCAUAAAGGGGGCUCGUCCCUGUGCAGCAUAUCUAUGUAACAAACACAUUCAUAUGUCGGUCACUGCCAAAUGAACUGUACAAAAAUGGUUUUGAACUGUCCAAAUUGCAUGCGUCAAUCUAUCUUGCUCUCUUUGCUGAUGCAAACGCUGGACUGCAGUGUUGCUUUACUGUACAUGUGUGCCAUUUGUCUCUCUAUCUGCAGGACAGGCCUGUGACAAGGGUCCAGGUGACAUAUUGAACUUCGAAUGUACAGAUUGAACAUAUGGUUGUUUAAAAUCAUAGUUCAGAUAUGACCAAUCCUUUGAAAAACUAUUCUAAUGAGCUAUUUAUCAUUUCUUAGUUAAAUGUCUUGAAGGGGUUUGGUGAUGUAUGAGCAUUACUGAGGGGAAAAAACACCUGAACAUUUGCUUUGUUUUGUACUGAAAACAGAGUGAAAUCUGAACAUUUUGCAGCCCAUAUUUUGCAUAUUUUUUUCACCUGUCAGUUUCAGUUUAAUCAGUUUACUAAAAGGCAUCUUUGCUGCGUGAGUCCCGGGGUGCUAAGCUGUUCUCUACAGACAUCUUUAAAGGAAUGUCAUACUCGUACUGUUAAUUUAUGUGAAUAAAUGACUGGCUUCUGGCUGCUGCACCUCACCACAGCACCCAACUAAGUGAAGUAGAAUCUGAAUUUAUUUGCCUGCCAGACAGCAAGCCAUUUACAAAAUGCUGUAGCAAAUGAAUAUGCCCAGGGUGUUGUUAAACUAUGGUUUCAUUAAGAGUAUGUCAGGAUGAUAUUUCAGAUAGCUAUCACCAGUUUAUCUAGGAUGGCAUCAUUUUGUCCAAAAAAAAAAAAAACAAGCCCCGUCUUGACAAUUUUAAACAAUUUUAAUGAUUAUAAAAAUGAUUACAAAAGCACCAUGAAGAGAGUUCAGCCAAGAUGUUUUUUUUGUUUUUGUUUUUUUUAGGAUAUAGGGUCUGCUGUGCUAUGGUGUAAAUAUCUGUGUCUUUUUUUUUCUCAUAGAAACGGGUACCACACAGACAUGCCUGAAGCAGAUCUAAUUUAAAAGAACUUUGAUAAAACAUCAACUCCAGGUCCAGACGUGACUAGCUCUCAGUAGGUGAGAAUGUUAUGUAACAGGCAGCAGCAUUUUGAGGUAGUUGAAUGUCAUGCUAAAAAUGAAGGACACACUUUGCUAUGAGCACCAGGCAUCCUUUCCAAUACAGGUUCAGCUGAACCUUCAGUGUCCUCAGACACAACAGUUAACAUAUAUAUGGCUUUACACCAAAAGCUUACGUGAGACCAUGUGGAAGAUUUAGUGUAUCUGAGUUUUCUAUUUCUAGUUCAUGAUCAUCCUAGCAUGGUCUCUGUCAUCAUGGUAAUGUACAUUACAGGUAGGAAUGAAUUCAAGUGCUUUGUGAGACUGUUUGAAUUAUGCUUUCCCAUCUGUGGCUCAACCUACUGUCUCUGUGUACUAUCUCAUGUUGUGGCUUCAGACAAACACAAUCCUCAGCCGACCUUCAGGAGUGUGAGACAAACGUGUCUCGCUUCUCUUGGUGGCAACAACACUGGCUGUUUCUUCUCUCUACUUUGGCUUCAAUUGUUCUCGCAGAACAGCGUUUUCUCAUUUUGUGAUGCAGCAAACAGUGUGUGUUUUUAAUGUGAAACAAUUAAAUAAAAAAGUUGUUUUGCA